ACACAAAGCAGUAAACAAACUAUAUAAGAGCUGAAAUCUCAUUAUUCAUCUUUAUAGGCAUUAUUUAGCUAUGGCGUCUCAUUGUUGUUUCUCUUUAUUAACUCCACAUAACCUCAAAUUCCGUUUGUGGUUUCUUUAUAAUUUAUUCACAGUCAUUGGGAUAGUUUCUGGUCAAUUAUCAUCUAACUUCUAUGGAACUUCGUGCCCCAGUGCUCUUGCUACCAUUAAAAGUGGUGUAAACACAGCAGUCUCUAAGGAAGCUCGUAUGGGUGCAUCGUUGCUCCGCCUUCAUUUUCAUGAUUGCUUUGUCAAUGGAUGUGACGCAUCAGUACUAUUGGAUGAUACUUCGAAUUUCACUGGAGAGAAAAAUGCUGGUCCGAAUGCCAAUUCAUUGAGAGGAUUUGGCGUAAUUGACACCAUAAAAUCGCAGUUGGAAAGUCAAUGUCGUGGAGUUGUUUCCUGUGCUGAUAUCAUAGCAGUUGCUGCUAGGGACUCUGUUGUCGCUUUGGGAGGACCUUCAUGGACUGUUCAAUUGGGAAGAAGAGACUCCACAACAGCAAGUUUGAAUGCUGCCAAUAGCAAUCUCCCUGGCCCAGGUUCUAGCCUUAGCCAACUCAUAAGUUCCUUCUCAAACAAAGGUUUCACAACAAAGGAAAUGGUGGCUCUCUCAGGGUCUCACACAAUAGGCCAAGCAAGGUGUACAGUCUUCAGAGCCAGACUUUACAAUGAAACCACAAUCAAUUCUUCAUUUGCAGCAUCAGUAAAGGCAAAUUGUCCAGCCUCUGGUGGUGACAACAAUCUAUCUCCACUAGAUACUACAAGUCCUACGUCUUUUGAUAACGCCUACUUCAAGAACUUGAUAAGUCAAAAGGGUCUAAUGCACUCUGACCAGCAACUCUUCAGUGGGGGUUCGACAGAUUCUCAGGUUACUGCUUAUAGUUCAAACUCUGGAUCUUUCACAACUGAUUUUGCAAAUGCGAUGGUCAAGAUGGGGAAUCUGAGCCCACUCACUGGCACCAGCGGCCAGAUCAGGACCAGUUGUGGGAAAGUUAAUUGAUUGAGUUAAUUGUGUUCGGUCUUUAUUUUCUGUACUUGUAUAAUUCUUUGUUGGAGAGACUGCGACUGUUUCUCAUCAAAGAGAGUAGCAAUGAAAUUCAAGCUUUGUUCCCGCCGGAUGCCGGAUAAUUUUCUAUGAUUAUGGGCUUCGAUGACAGCCCAUUAAGUGGCAA